UUUUUUUAAUCCCUACAGCACCCUGUCGAUCAUCUCAUCAUCGAUAACGGCCAGAGAAAAAUAAACACCUUCAACACUUGGUGAUUUUUUUCUUCGUUGCCUUCCUUUCUCAACAGCACCCCCAUCGCCCACUUACAACCAACACUCCAAGAUGCGCGGCAUCAUCGCCAUCAACUUGGCCCUCUGCCUCUCCACCACAACAGCCCUGCCAUACAUCCAGGUCCGCAGCGAUGCCCCCAAGAAGCCUCAGUACUCGGUCGUCCCUCUCGAGCCUGGCAGCGGUGGCUCACCUCCAGGUGGUGGCGGCGGCGGUAAUAACCCAGCUGGUGACAAGACUGUCACUGUGAUCCAGACUGUUGUCCAGACACCUGCUGUGCAAACAAAGUACAUCACCGUCACACCUGACGCGCAGACCGUCACCAAGGCUGUGCCCACGACCGUCGUGUCCACCGUGGUGCAGGGCUCAGGCGCCAGCGUCAAGACAAUCACCGUUGUGUCCACAGAGACAUUGGCCUCCCCUGCGACAUCUACGCCUGCGGGCAGCAGUGUUAUCGCCGACUCCUCCUCUUCUAACGCCGUGUCCGCACCUACGAUCGGCCAGAACAGUACCAUGGCGGUCCACACGCCCUCGACUAGCCUGCACACUACAGCUGUGCGAGGAACACAAGUCACUCCUUUGACCACUACCGCCACUCCUGUGCCCACGAGUAGCCGCACCUACGAUAAUGGCAUGUGGCACACGACAUAUCCCCCGUGGAACGCUACCGCUGCGACGGGACGCUACCGCAUUUAGGCGGUGGGAGGAGCCGCUCUGAUGGCGUAUAAGAGGCACGCUUACGAACUGGCAUGAACACUGCUAUGAUGCAUCGUCUCGGGUGACUGCAGUAGCAGGAGAGAGAGAUGUGCGCUAUAUCCACGUAAUGAAUGUACCAAAAGAGGUGAGACGCGAGGGGAGGGGGCGGCGGUGAAGAUGACGGGAAACUGCAUUGCAUAUAGACCAAACCAGCUUGUAAUGAUAGACAGGGCUCAGACCCGGGAGAUGAUUGGCGUUUUUUUGUUAGAGGCUUCGGCAUUGUAUUUUUUGAGACUCUUUUCUUAAUGUUUACGAAUAUAGACUUUUCAUCAUUAUUCUCCUUAUUAUUUCUUCUUUGUUGCCUGGUCUUAUCGCCGCGCAAACAAAUAUGUUGCUCGUCUACAGCGGCCACAAACGCCACCCAGCGUCAUAUUCUCCUUCUUCUGCAAUGCAGCCUCGUGGUCAGCACCGCCAUUGGCUCAAGCUUUCUCCAUGACAUGCAGGCAGCCGAACAGGCUCACGCCUCUUGGGUGAGUGGUGGAGAGCGCUGCGCCCGCCAAAGUCAAACGCCCGCGAAUAGAAGUGGGAUGUGGUCAUGGCUUGCAGCUGGCCCUUGCUUUUUUUAUUUUCUUUUUUGCUGUACCAAAUUAAGCGCUUCUGUUUUCGGCAUGGACUUCGUUCACCGGUGUAAUCUACCCCCGUUUGAGGCUUGACUGUAGAUUUCACGGAAUGUUCCAUGGAAGCUUUCUCUUGACUCAGCUGCUGCGCCAGUAUAAGAUGCUUCACCAGCCGCUUCUCCGUUUUUGAAACUAUAUCUACAUCACCUGUUUCUCUACAAUACAUCUACCGCCGUCCAUAAUCUGUCAUCAUAUCCUCCAUUUUCUCUCUACUCUCCGUUAAAAACGUCAACAUCAUGGACGCUGGUCUCUCUCAUAAGCUCUCUGGCUUAUCUGCAACAUCUACAGUAACAGAGUCUCCCUCUGCUGCUGCCACAACAAUCCUCUCUCCCGCUGCGGGAAAGUCCUACUCAUC